AGGUCACUCAUUUUAGGUUAAAAACUUUGUUUAAACAGUUAAGCUACUUUAAGUGUUAACUACAGUUAUAAGAUUCGCUCUGGAAGUAUAUGGAUUUCAGUAAUUAAUUGACAUCAAAAUGGCACAAUUUAUUGGAAAAUGGGAAGGUGACGGAAGCUCAUACACAAAUUAUGAUGGAUUUGCAAAGGCAUCUAAAAUACCUACUGAAUAUGUUGAGGAGUUCAGAAAUGCUAAAUUUGAGGUAGAUUUCAAAAAAGAUGGCGACAUGUGGAUUUGUGAUAUUAAAAGCACAGCUGGUCCAGAUAAAACAUACAAAUUCAAGUCUGGAGAGGAAGUGACAGAAACUGAUAUGUUUGGAAAGGGAGUAAAGUAUACUAUCACGGUCGAUUCCGAUACCAAAAUGACAGAAGUGGAAUCGGGUGAAGCCACUGGUUGGGAGACAUUGACAAUAACACGAGUAGUUACCGGCAAGAAAAUGCUAGAGACAAUCAAACUGGAAGAUGGUACAGCAAUGACAAUGACAUUAAUAAAAGUAUCCUAAAGUAUGAUAGACCAGAAAAUGUUAUAAGACCGCCGUUAAUAAGCUGUUGUUGGAUAGAUAGAAUAAAAGAACGGCUAACAAAUUAAUCUACGGUUACUAUAUAUAACUAUGUUUUAUGAAUUAAACUAUUCUAUUUAUGUAAACAAAAUAAGAUAUGUAUUUUUUGUCAUUAUAGCUUUUCACUUUUUUUCGUAUUUAUACAUCUCUGGAUUUUAAAUGUUGUUUUCAGAAUAGGAACGUUAAGAAUUACAGCAGGCCACCUACGAACCCUUCAGAGAGUUGUUGCAAGGGUUCUUAACGUGCAAAGUUCAAAGAUUUUGGCACUCUUUUUACACAAGGCAUCGGAUUUUACGUCCCUAUUUUGACCACACGUGGCUGCAUACUUAUACAUCCCUCACAGUCUAACGGAUAACCUACUUUUUCGAGGGUUUUCAAGCUGGUCAGAGUGAGACCAUUGGUGACCAUAUUUCUAGUCCCUAGUCACUCUUGAGCAUGACAGUAGAGGAAGCCAAGACAUUCACGCAUUACCAGAAUACAUUAUACAGAAAAGAAUCAUUUUAAUAUUGCUUUAAACUAUCCAUGAACGAAUGAUUUGUAUCCCCUAAAAUGCCAGACACAGUGACUGAACAAUAUAUCUAUGGUUAUAAUCUUCAUCAAUAAGUCUAUUCUGCCAACCCUACAUGUAUGUACAUUGUAUACUCAUGGAACCAUACCUAUAAUUAUACAAAUAAGAAGGUGUGGUAUGAUUGCAAAUGAGACAACUCUCCCGAAGAGACCAAAUGACACAGAAAUUAACGUAGCAACGUGUGGCUUUCAACAAAGAGCAAAGUUCAUACCGCAUAAUCAUCUAUAGAAGGAAAUGAAAUGACAAAUGUAAACAAUUCAAACGAGAAACUAACGGCAUAAUCUAUAUAUGUAAAAAUAAAAAAGAACAAAAAACAAAUACGCAAAAAAAUAAAUUACUAGGUUAUUUAUAUUCCUACUAUAAUUUUUUUGAAGUAAUGAAAAUAUCAUGCGCAUUGAAAUCGAACUCGCUCCAAACACGUGCUUAUCAAACCCAAGGAGAAAUAUUCCGUCACAACUUUGGAACUUUUUUUUUAAUGUUAUACAUUGCUCUGUCAUAAUGAAAUUCGUUUCAAUGGUAAAUUAAUUUAUUGAUCAUCAUAAAGGCUCUUCAUGUAUAAUGACUCAUGAACCACCAUGAAGAAUGUUUACAUUAAUUUGAUAUAUCUUAUUAUAUAGCAAAGAUUCACGAAACCGAUAGUCUUAUUCAUCAGAAGAAAAACAACUGCAUUACUGAAACUAAAAUUGUAUAAAACCUAUAGACUUCACCAGUUAAGUGUUUAAAUACGAGCAUGAAGGGUCAUUUGUUUAACAAAAACAGUAAAGAAAGAAAUGUAACGGUUGCAUGAUUUUGGUACGUCAGAGAUUUAUAAAACGUGAUAUACUACUCGCGUUAAAAUCUGAUAACUCAAUGUCAUAAAAAAAGUGUCACACAUCAUUACAUGUACUAAAGUGGAUUGGUAAAUAUGUUUUGUCUAAUUUUACACAUUUACAACAAAUUCUUCCAUAUUUAUUCUAUCGUUAACAUAAUGGAUAUAUUGAAUUAUUUUUUGUACUGGUUUGUUUAAACACGACAGUCAAUCAAUAUUGCAUAAGGAGAAAUGUUAAUAUAUAUAUGUUUAAAAUUUGACCAUUAUAGUUGCCUUGUUGGAGACAUACAUGUAGUUCUUUCGAGGUUUAGCACCAUGUCUUUGACAUUGGACCACUACGAUUUAGCUUUCUUUUUGGCUGACACACCGUUAAUUAAAAACAAUUAUUUAAUCAAUCUAUCAAUCAACCUUGGCUACUGUUUUCGAAUAGUCAAUGCCGUACUCCACACCAUUCUAUCAAUAGUUAACGUUACCAGGAUAUAUAACAUUUGCAGUACAGUAACUAUUGACCCAGACAGUCAAUAAGUACGAUACUGUCUGCAAAAUAAAACAAUGCUUAAUAAAUUGUCGGUAAUCCAAUUUUAUAAUAUGCCAUGUCAUCGAUUGUAUAUUAAAUACUUCAAACAAAGCGAUUGUGGUCGAUUUAUUGUUGAAGAAAACACGUACAUUUUUCACUAAAUAGAAAAAUUACAACUGAACAGAAAACAAUGCUUAAUAAAUUGUCGGUAAUCCAAUUUUAUAAUAUGUGUUAUUAGGGACAAACAUUCAAGGCCAAAAAGCAAACAAACAAGUCCAAACAAAGUCACCGCGAAAUAUUUAAAUCUUUAAAAAAUAAUCACUUUUGACAAAAACCGGAUAUGUCUGGUUUCAGGAUUAAACAUAGGUUGUAAGAUAACAAAAACAAUUCAAUAAUUCUGUACGAUUUUAUGAUAAACCUUCAUAAGCCUUGUUUAAUUAGUUUUAGUAAUUUGUUUUCUCACGAAACGUGUUACGUGUUCCACUCAUAUUGUCGGUUGCUUCGGUUUGAUUUUUUUUUUUAAUAUCUGUCGUAAAUUGUCAGUUUAUAGAAUUAUUUAGCAUCGUAGGUUCCAACUACCUCAGGCACAUUUACCUAAGUUACUAUUAUGUAUGUCCUUUUUGGUCAUAUACAUGUACAUGUAGCUCUACUCGUAUUUCAUUUCGUUUGCAUCCUUCAAAUAUUCGUGGUAUUCUAAUCUACCACUGUUUUAUUGGUGGUAGAAUGAUUGUCGAUUUUAUAGAUCUUAACAAUUGUUUGGUAUGCUUUGCCGUGUCCUUUUUCGACUUAUGUGAUCUUUUUGUUUUCCAGACUUGAAAGUUUUGAAAGUUUAAAUAACAGUAUAUAUAUGGAAUAAAAUUAAACUGUGAACAUAAAAGUUUCAGCAUAAAUCAAGAAUUUACGGACAAAACGUAAAUAAUGAAAAUAAAAUAAAUUGUUUAAAAUUUUUACGAUUGAAAAGGUUCAAUAGCAAUUUUAUGCGUCUAUAAAUAUGUCAAUUGUGCAUUUCAACUUAAUUUAAAUAGAAGGUCAACUCUUUAACAAAGGUAAAGCAUUAUAAUUUACGAUCGUCUAUAUAGUUAUUUAACAGGUCAAAAUGUAGGUCACUCAUUUUAGGUUUAAAACUUUGUUUAAACAGUUAAGCUACUUUAAGUUUUAAAUACAGUAAUAAGAUUCGCUCUGGAAGUAUAUGGAUUUCAGUAAUUAAUUGACAUCAAAAUGGCACAAUUUAUUGGAAAAUGGGAAGGUGACGGAAGCUCAUACACAAAUUAUGAUGAAUUUGCAAAGGCAUC